GCGAACCAGGCACCUGAAGUGAUUAUGUGUUGUUGAUUCAUAGUGAAAAUCAGUGAACAUGUCUUGGAUUUUGUGUGUUAGUGUUUUGUGUGUAUGUGCGUUAGCCAGGACUCAAAUUAUACCUUCGAAGGCUAGAGCUAGCGAUGGAGAGUUUAAUAAUGUUAAUACGGAUGGAUCCUUUGAUUUUGGAUACGUAAACAAAGACCGAGGGUCCAGCUAUCAUUUAGCGAAAGGCAACGCCAAUGGUGUCGUGGGAGGAAGAUUUGGUGCCAGAGAACCGGGCACUGAAGAGGUUAAAGAAACAAUCUAUACCGCUGGGCCAAGAGGUUUUCGAGCAAAAGGACCGAAUGUACAUCGUAAAAUAGACCUGGACCAACGCCCCAGAGGUCCUAUUGGGAACAAAGAUGACCCUUAUUUUGACCCAAAUGAAGAUCCAAGUUAUUCAUUUAAAAUUGACACCAGAACAUACACUAAGAAUGAAAAUGCUGAUAGCAGAGGCGAUGUUAAAGGGCAUUAUUCAUUCGUUGACGACAUUGGAGAACGUCACGACGUCUCAUACAUAGCUGGUAGAGACACUGGUUUUCAUGUUUCCUCAGCAUUUCCCGAUUCUCCUAGAGGCAUCGGUGCCCCCUUCCAUAGGGCUCCAUUGGUUCGUAAUGAGAAAAAUCCUAGAGGCAAGACUGCUGUCCAACGGGGCUUAGAUGGUUCUUACAGAUUCAUUUCCGCUGGACCAGACCAGAGACGAACAGAAACCAGUGACUCCCGUGGUAACGUUCGAGGGUCGUACACAUUUUUGGAUGAUAAAGGAGUUCAAAGGACAGUCCACUACAUAGCUGGCCCCGGUAUAGGAUACCGGAUUGUGAAGAACAGCAAUGACCCAUUUAUUCCAUCGUACUUCCCAACGUUACCAAGCCAAUACGAUCCGGAUUUUAAUGACGUCACUUCUGUUGGAGCCUCCGUAGCACCAGCAGGAUUUGUACCGAACGAUGAAGGAACUGAUGAUGUCUUUAAAGGCCCUGAUGGUACAGCUGCUUCUGGUCACGUGAAACCUCCACCAUUUCCAACAUCAGAUGAUAGACCAGAUCCAUCCACUUCUGACAUCAGUAGUUCUGAAAAUACUGACAGUGGCACAAAUAGUUUCGGCCAGGCCCCACCAUUUAACCCAGAAACUGAUAACCAAGACUUAAGCUACGUGGAUGAAGAAUCAACGAGUUUUGCAGGCCCUAAACCAACCAAAGGAACAGGCAAACCUUGGCGUCCAAGCAGCAAACCUUUUAGGCCGACGAAGAAGCCUUACGUACCUCUAAAACCUUCUCAAGUGCCAUUUAAUAAUGAAGAUGAAAUCAACAGUGGUGAAAAAAGUAAACCACAGUUUGCUGUAGGAUUCAAUAUUCAUAGUAAGCCUGGUACAACGAUUAUUAGGAAUACUGGGCAGGAUUAUUUUGGUAUUCCACCCGGUGUUUCAGUUCGUGCUCACGUUCAAAGUAUCGAUCUUUACCCGUUCGGUUCAAAGCCUUUAUCGCCUUCAGAAGCUUUAGAACAUGAUACAUUAGUAUGAGCCUUGAUUGUUCGUUGUAGUUAAUAAAACCUUUUUGGAGAGUUUUCUGAAAAAUUUAUUUGAACUCGACUGUUAACAAAAUGCAAAAUAGUAACAAGGAGUUUGGAUGUUUAUCUAUUGUGUUAUCAUAUUUUUACAGCCCUAUAGUCUAUCUAAUAAAUUUGAAUUAUUUAGCUAAGUUUACAGAAUAACAGCUUUAUGCUAGGUUCUUAUUUUCUAUAACAAAUGGGUAACAAUAUUGCCAAGUUUAUUAGAUAGACAUUUAUUUAUAACAGUUUUAUAAGAAUAUUUAUAAAUAGGAAGGAUAAUUUGGCAAUUUUAGUGAAUAAACAGGAAAGUUAGUACUAAUUACCAUUAGGCCUACAAUAUGAAAUUAUGCAAGAAUGAACAGUGUCUAAAUAUAAGAGUAAAAUAUAGUUUAAAAUUUAUAAACAAGUUUCAUUUCACUUAGGCUAACGUGCUAAAAUAAACGCGUUUUAAAACAGCAUUAAAACGAUUAUCCAUAAAUAUAUUUUAAAAAAUUGCCGUAAAAGUAUGCCGUCGUUGCAAAAAUACACGUAACAAGUUUUAAAUUUGCGAUACACAUAAAUUUUUGGUGACGUGACAAAAUAUUUUUUUUUAUAAUUACAAGGUUUUCAACCAGUCUAUGGUGUACUAAAGUAGGUCAAUAUCUAAGGCGUCAGUGCGAUAGAUAACUAAAACUAUGCCUAUAACUGUCGUAAUAGAAAAAUUUCAUAACGUUCUGUAUGUAACUCUUAAUAAACUUUAUGGAUGUAUUCGGAACUAAACGGUAGCACGAACAGGCCUCGUUUGAAUAUAAUACGUAUACUGUAUUUUAUGCUGACUGUAUACGUACGCCCGCAGCUGUCAACAACGUAUGACGUUUAGGUAAACUCAUUCUAA